AUGGAGGAAAAUAGCCGUGGGGAGACUCUUUGCAAAGUUUGCGGAGACAAAGCUUCGGGAAAGCAUUAUGGAGUCCCAAGUUGUGACGGAUGUCGGGGUUUUUUCAAGCGGUCUAUCCGCAGGUAUGCCAGAAAUCUCGAUUACGUCUGCAAGGAAAACGGUCGGUGCAUCGUCGACGUGUCAAGACGGAACCAAUGUCAAGCCUGCAGGUUUACAAAGUGCCUUCAAGUUAACAUGAAGAGAGACGGUAUUUGGCGUGAAUUUUCAGCCGUCCAGCACGAGCGAGCUCCCAGAAGUACAUCUUCUCUUGCCGCAGCAGUGAGAAGAGGUCCUUCGGGACUUUAUCCAGGCCUUCCUCAGGUUUAUCACCCGGCUGGGAGUCCUUAUCACCCUCUUCUAUAUCCAGCAUUGUUCCCCUUCAAGCCACCGACCAUCCCAGCCUUCGCUCCAAGUGUUGAUCGUUUAAUCGCGUCAACGGCGCACUUUUUACCAAGACCCUCCGCCGAAUCUUUGCCAACGUCCACAGCGAAGGAGGAUGAAGUAACCAGCACCGAAGAAGCAGCUACAGCUGACAGCCAAAAUGUCGGCAAAGGAAUGAAUUUUUUAGACGAAGCAGGGGCACGACUUGCUCCACCGAUGGUCGGUGCCGUAUCGUUACCAGAAUAUACAGUUUCCAGUUUAUCCUUGUUACCGACCGAGAACGUGUACGAAUCCGCCGCCAAACUUCUUUUUCUGGCCGUGAAGUGGGCAAGAAGUAUCCCUUCCUUCCUCCAGUUCUCUUACAGAGACCAGGCCAUUUUGCUGGAGGAAUCUUGGAGCGAGUUGUUCGUCCUUACCGCUGCUCAGUGGAAUUUCAACGUCGAUGAAUCCACUCUUGUCUCGGCGGAUUUACCGACAGAGCGAAGGAGGACUCUUCUGGAAGAAGCGCGGCGUUUGCGGGAAUUACUCACCAGAUGCGUAAUGCUCAGAGUCGAUCAUUCGGAGUACGCGUGUUUGAAAGCGAUCGUCCUGUUCAAAGUGGAAUCCCGAGGUCUCUGCGAGCCCGGCCGAGUGUCGGCAUUGCAGGAACAGACCGUGUCGGUUCUCGCGGAACGAGGUGCCGGUAGGGUAGGUCGCUUGCUGCUUCUCUUACCACCUGCCCGAGCCCUAUGUCGCAGCACCCUGCAAGAAUUACUGUUCAAGCCCACAGUAGGGGAUGUCACCGUGGAGAGGUUGCUGGGAGACAUGGUCAGAGCAACGAGGCCUGCUUAA